AUGGGAGAAGUUUGGCUAAUUGCUACGACGCAAGACGAGUAUACCAAGGACAAGCUGCAACGGAAACGGGAGCCCGCGUUGAAACUACGGCCCGAGCGCGAGCAACUUUUCAAAGACCUUUCGUUUUUCUUCAUUCUAGACAACGACAUUGCGCCCGCGCGACGGCUGAGGUUCACAAAGGCCAGAGAGUUUGGUGCCACUUGGACGAGGCACCCGGGCAGCGCAACUCACAUCAUUGUGGAGAAGAAUAUUGCCGUCAAGGACGUCGACGGCGUUCUAAGAAGUGCCGCCAGAGAGUUUGAUGCCACUUGGACGAGGAACCCGGGUAGCGCAACUCACAUUAUCGUGGAGGAGAAUAUUGCCUUUCAAGACGUCGAGGGCGUUUGAAGUACUGGCAGAGAUCUGCCACCUAAGCUAGUUAAU